AUGGAGCCGGAGACUAAGGAGGAAGACGAACGACGCUCGACAACGCCGAGUCCCGAGUUAUGUUUGAGGAGGAGUAAACAUUACAAUGAGGACGUUAGCAGUGAGGAGGAAGCUAAGCAGGCUAGCACUUCCCUGCCUAGCCACAGACUACCAUCUUUGUAUCGCGGAACGUGGCCUAUCAGAAGAGACGUAUGGGCUAAUCAGCAAAUUGGCUUUCCGACCCAGCAGAGCACAUCACUCGCACAUAAUAAUGUGACCAGCGUGAUAAGUUUGUCGUCGUCAUCGAACUCUGUGGGUUUCGAAGGCAACUCUACGGAGCUACAAGGUCAUCGUCGACUAGGUGCCAAGGUGGACAUGGUGUAUAAUCUACUCGGUAUGCUCGGAAAGAAUGGCCGAGAUGAUAUGAGCACAACUUUGCUCUCUAUGAGCACUUCCAUAGAUAGUUGUCUGGUGAUGAGACAAUCCGGUUGCCUACCGUUAUUAGUGCAACUGAUUCACGCACCUGGACAAAAUCCUGACACUCGAGACAGAGCUAUGCAGGCAUUACACAAUGUGGUGCAUGCCAAAAGUGACGAGAGAGCUGGUCGCCGAGAAGCACGAGUGCUUCGAUUCCUCGAACAGUUGCGCGAUUAUUGUCAGAAUCUGAGAAUAUCCUUGGAACGGGAUCAACUCGCAGAGGACCUUGAGAGGGGACAUCCCGCGGCGACAAUAGCUGCGCUUAUGAAACUAUCCUUUGAUGAAGCCCAUCGCCAUGCGAUGUGCCAGCUGGGCGGCCUCCAUGCGGUCGCGGAACUCAUUGAGAUGGAUCAUUUGGUCCAUGGCAGCGAGAGCGAUGAUCAGAAUUGCAUUACAUUGCGACGAUAUGCGGGAAUGGCGUUGACCAACUUGACUUUCGGCGACGGCAAUAAUAAGGCACUGCUCUGUUCAUUCAAAGAAUUUAUGAAGGCGUUAGUCUCGCAAUUGAAAAGUCCCAGCGAUGACCUGAGACAAGUGACAGCGAGCGUUUUGAGAAAUCUAUCCUGGCGUGCCGACAGUAGCAGCAAACAGACUCUGAGAGAAGUAGGUGCGGUGACAGGUCUGAUGAAAGCCGCUAUGGAAGGCCGCAAGGAAUCCACCCUCAAAUCGAUCCUGUCCGCUCUGUGGAAUUUGUCGGCCCACUGCAGCACGAAUAAAGUGGAUAUCUGCGCUGUAGACGGCGCCCUAGCCUUUCUCGUAGACAUGCUGAGCUACAAGGCUCCGUCCAAGACGCUUGCGAUAGUCGAAAAUGCCGGUGGUAUCUUGAGAAACGUAUCGAGCCAUGUGGCAGUACGAGAGGAUUAUCGAACCAUCGUGAGAGAGAGAGGCUGUCUACAAGUUCUCCUGCAACAAUUAAAAUCACCCAGUUUGACGGUAGUCAGUAAUGCCUGCGGAGCGCUCUGGAAUCUGUCCGCGCGAUGUUCCCAGGAUCAACGUCUCCUUUGGGAUCUGGGCGCUGUACCGAUGCUACGUAGUCUCGUUCACUCUAAGCACAAAAUGAUUUCGAUGGGUUCUAGUGCGGCCUUAAAAAAUCUAUUGAGCGCUAAACCUGGCUGUAACAAUCUCGUCCACUUAGACUCUACCGCUCGAGGACUGGGACUGUCAACCUUGCCAAGCUUGGUCGCUCGCAGGCAGCGGGCUCUGGAACAAGAAAUCGACCAGAAUCUGGCCGAAACGUGCGAUAAUAUCGAGCCGAGCACGUCACCAACCAGCAAAAGCGAAAAAUUCAUGUUUAAACUUGAUCAUAGCUUUCUUGGCAUCAACACUCAUGGAUUGCGUUCCUAUCAAUUGCACAGUCAGCCUAGCACGUCUACUGCCAAAUGCAACGGAGUUGCCAGGAGCGAGAGUAGAGAUUCGAUGCGUUCCGUGACGAGCACCCAUUCUGACACUAUGUUCGAGCGGGUAAAUCGUCAUGUUCUGAAUGGUAUAUCACCCACCGAUGCGCAGGUCAAGCAACAAUCUUCAUCGUUGCAUUCUGCUGUCGGAUUCGGCAACACCAACAUGUAUGGCGAUGUUCACGCGAGAACGACCUCCUCCGAAAGAAAAUACACUUUGCAUUAUAAAAACGCAAUACCGGAACAAUUAAAACCUUCCGACGUUUUCGGUUCGACAUUAAACAAGCUGAGAUGCACGAAUUCGACUAUAUCGUGGGCCGCAGUGCCUAAUCAAGAACCCUCUCAGACUUCGCUACAUUCUUCCAUCGAGAAUAAUAUAUCCCUAAUCGAUCAAAGUAUGUCAUCCUUGUCCAAAGCUGAUAGUCAAUCUAGCGUGUCCGAAGAAGUUGAAGCGACCGUUCAUAUUAAAUUGGAUUAUCGAACCACAAAUGAUACUGCAGACAAUUUUAAGACAACCUCCUAUUUGCCCGAUAUUCCUUCUACAAAAGAAAAUGCGAGAAAAGUCUUAUUGCGCCAACACGACACGUUAAACGGCAUUCAAAAAGCAAUAUCGCCUGUAACGAUUGUUCAAAGUCCGGACGAUAAUUUAUUCGGUGAUUAUGCUGAAACAGAUUUGGAUCAACCAACAGACUAUAGUCUUCGGUACGGUGAGCAAACUAUAGACGACGAGAAGCAACAUUCUGAUUUCUUCUCGGGCAAUGAUCAAGGACUUCAGCACGAGGAUACAAUUAAAACUUAUUACACGGAAGGAACGCCGCGCGCAUCCUUGAACUCAUCUAGAGCCACUUCCGCUUCCGAUCUGCAGGAUGAUAGCCGUAUAAGGAGCUUGUCGAAGAAAUUACCUGAACGCUAUAAGUCGAAACAUGUGGAAGAUCAUGGUGAAUGCAAAGCGUCGUCCUUGACGGACGUACCAAAACUGAACAACUUUGCCAAAUCGGAAACGGAGUUGAAUUUACGAGACGUGACACAUCUUACGGACGAUGAAAGUGCAAAUCAUUCGUUACCAUAUCUUGAACAUCAAAGUAAGCAAAAAGGCAAUCGAGAAGAUGCAAUUAUGCAAAGUCAUUCAAGUGUAAGAACGACGCCAAUUUCAAUGGUAUUAGGAACUUCUGAAUAUAAUGACGAUCAUAAUGGGGAAUCCAGUUCUAGGAUUAAUAAUCUAGUCUCCAAACCAAUAAAAGUAAAUAAGGAUUUACCAUCAAGUGACAUUGAACUGUCAGCUUGCAGCACUAGUUUAAAGACUUCCAAUAACGAUUCGGGAUAUCAAGUUAGUGAUGGAGACGAAGAUGAUGAGGAUUUACUGACCGCUUGUAUUAACAUGGGAAUGCAAAAUAAUCGGCAUAGACAUUCUUUUAUAGGAAAUAAUCUCGAAAAACUUCCUCGAUUAGAAACUAAUCUGACUCGAUAUCAAACUAGUCAUGCUUUAAAUCAAAUCGAACACAAAGGAACUGUAAUGUUCGAUAGUUCAUCGUUUAAUGUCAAAUAUGUAGAGUCUUGUGACAACACAGCUGAAAACAUUUUGACAGAGAAAAAUAGAGAAGACGAGAAAGAUCAUAAUGGAAAACUGUCUAAAAAGAAUCUUCAGUUGGAAACAGUCACAAUAACGCCAAACAUGAAUAAUAUACAUGAUGAGAAAUCAAGUAACACUACGAUCAGUGUGAAAACAGUGAACAGUAAUAAUCUCAGCAAUAAUUUCUCAGAAGGAGCAGUAUCUACAUUACAGACAUCUAAUACAUUUUUAGAUAAAAACAUUUCCGAUAAUUUUGUCAUAACUGAUGAAUGUGGCACAGAUCAAAAUGGCUCCAUUAGAGAAGACGAAGCAAUAAUGGAUGUUCGACUUGCAGAUAUAUCAUCUAUGAAGCAAUCAAAAGAUUCUGAAAGCAGCGAAUCGAUCGAUUCUGUUGAGCAGUCCGAACAUGCGCUUUUAAAACUAUGUAUUCAAUCCGAUAUAAAAUCCGAAGGCAACAUCACAUUGAACCAGAGUAAUGCAGAUUAUGUUAAGUCACAAUUAGAGCUAUACAAUAAACAAAUAGACAUUAUAAAAGGAAAGAAUAAUGAUGAAACUGAGAUUGAGGAUAACACAAAUGAUAAACCAGAAACAACCUUUGAAAUCGUAAGAACCGUAGAUAUUCUUCAUCGUGACUGCGCAGAGAAACAUACAAAAGAAGAGACAUACAGACGACAGAGAGAUCCCGAUGCUAUGAUUGCUUCGUUAGAUCGAUUGACGGCAGCACUAGUUCAACAAACUGAAGCGAUACGUGAACGAGACUCCGGUACAAUGAAACAAAGUUUAACGUGCGACACGUGGAAUGAGGAUUCGCCCAAUGACAUUUCUUUUCCCAGCAUUAGCAUAAGCGCGCCGUUGGUUGCUUCAUUUAACAGCGAUGCACAGGAAGAUCAACGUACUAAUAUGUCAGAGAAUACCGAGCAAAUUAACAUGACAGAGUCAAAAAUCAUCCAACGCGAGGCUAUCAAAUUAGCAGAAGCGGUGGACGCAGAAAUAAAUAAUCAGAACGAGCUCGAAACAACGAGUUUGACAUCCAUUGACCUCGAGGCAAUCAAACCGCCGUCCUCAAUGGGAAGUUUACUUUCACUGACGGCAAGUUACGCUGGUACUGCUGACAACACUGAGACUUUCAUUAACCGAGAUAGGUGUUAUUCUACGUCACUACCACCGGCGCCAGUGAGAAAUUCUAAUGAUUCCCGCAACGUGCGGAAGAAAUCUUUGCCAAUCGGUGUGGUGGCCAAGCGAGCAUUAGGUCAAGGUCAGAGCCACACGACUAGCUUGGAAAAUCUGCUGAACGAGUGCACCAGCUCACAUUUGGAGAAUGUCAAACCACCGUCUAUGAUGGACGAACUGCCGGAUGUAGGUGAUAUGGAGAAUAGCAUGUUGAGUGUAGCUAGCAUUACAUCGGAGAUCGCGGAUUCGAAAGAACAAGACUCACAUAAUUUGACUGGCAGUGAUCCAGUAGUAUUCGAGAUGCUAAAGCCAGUUGCUAACGUGCUGUCCAUGACAUGCAUGCGUUAUGUCGAAGGUAUGCAGAGUAGUGCGAGCAACAGCCUGAGUGAAUGCCUAGAGAACAUUAAUCCACCAUCCUUAUUCAAUGAGGUGACUGAAAUGGACGAAUCCACGAUGGAAGCAACUAUAUGCGAUAAUAUAUGCAGCGAUACUUUGUGCAUAGAUGUGGAGUUGCACACUGAUGAAGUGGUACAUUCAAUCGUAGCAGAGAUAAUCGAUGAAGCGGAGAAUGAUACUGACGAGGCAGUCACGCCAAUUUCGUCCGAAUAUUGUGUUAGCAGCUCGGCGGAAUCGACACCGAAGAAGCGACCAAAUUCGAAAAGCUAUUUAACCCCGAAACAAAAACGAAACUUAGCGAAAGAGAGAUACAAGACGUAUACUAUUGCCGCAGAAAUUGUCAAGAAAGAAGAGGAAGAACGACGAAGACAAGACGGCGUCGUCAACGAUACGGAUAAUAAAAUUCCACGUAGAAAAUGUUCUCCCUUCUCGAAAUUAACGCCAAAGCAACGUAGGCAAGAGAAUAGAGCGAGAUUCCAGACACAAGUACUAGAGAAUCCCUUUCCGGAUCUAAAUGCAGUUCAAACUAAGGAAGAGAUACACAAAAUAACCACUGAAGAUGCUGUUGAAAAACAGGAAGUUAUAUCCCCCGUCAAGUCUUCGAUUCCUACACUCACGAAGUUACCCGUAUGUACAGCACUGAGAAGGAAACGCGGAGAUUCACAGGAAAACAAGAAGAGAUAUCGUACAAGGACGUUGAACGAUUCAGAAACCGUAUUUAAAGAUAUCGAAUAUAAUUCCGAACAUCUAGUUUCGACCAUCGGCAUGGAAGAAGGGCAAGCAAGUGCGCAAGAAUACGUGCGGGAGGAAAUUCAGAAUAUGCUAGAACAGAAUGCCACCAUCGUGCUAAACACUCUAAACGAGUCAAGUAAAGCUAAUGGUUCGAUCGCAGAUUACAGUUUGCGUCGUGAGACCACUUUGGCGUUGAAUGAUCCUGAGUCAGAGCAUAAUCUAAGAAUGCGUUUCGUGAACGGACUUUCAACAAAACUGAUAAGUACACAAUACGACGACGCCCAAACUCCUGUAGCGAAUAUUGACAAUGAGGAAUUGGAAGGCGAGCACAUAGAAAUCACUUACGAGAAUCAGGGUUUGGCAAACCUAACUGAUUCAGGCAGUGAUGAAGAGUCCAAUUGCGCCGAUGAAGAACAAGAAUCUAGAGAAACAAAAAGACCUCGAAUAAUCAAGCCGUCAAUAGGUCGAGACCCAAGCAUAGAUUCCACUGGAACGGAUAAAUCCGAGCCGGAAAGUCCGAAGGCUAUUCGAGGACGAAGAAAGGCACUAUACUCCAAUCCAAUAACGCGAAAGCCGACUCCACAAUCUUCACCAUUGAAGCAUGUUAACCCUGUCAGCGGGAUACCAAUAGGUCGCAGCAAUACUUCACCCAUUGUUAGAACUACAAGAGCCAUCACUUUGCGGAAGAAUAACAAUAGUACAAUGGUUACUACGAAAGACUCUCCGAAAUCUAAUACGAGUCCGAAAAGGAUUUCGCCUUCUGCAGAUGCAGAAAAGAAGACACGCAAUUUGGCGACUAUUUCCAAAAGAGCCUCCGUACCUCAAAAGGGCUCCACAUUGACUUUUACAAAACCCACUAAUCGUCAUAGUACACCUCCGACUUGUUCGUCAAACUAUCAAAAAGAUAGCAGACCGCCAGAAGUUCCAAUUAAGCCAUUGGAACGUCAAGGAACUUUUACAAAGGAUGAGCCAGAGGUAGAGAACGCACCGACAGUGCAUUCUGCGUCGUCUUCUCCAAUAAAGACGAAGAUCGCCAAACCGAUUAAAGGCGUUUCACCGAAAAUAUAUGCAGCAGCGGGAAAAUCCAAAAUCUCUGUGAAAACGCAACAAGAGUAUCAGCCAAAAAUUACGGUUAACAGUUCCGAAAAGAUGCAACCAUCUAAGGGGUUGUUAAUACCGAAAAGAAUAUCAUCUGAAAAAAUAGGUGUAUCAACAAAAGUUCUUAAUAGUAAUGUCCUCCAAAACGACAAAACGGUUAUUCGAAAGAUCAGUUCACUGGAACAUCGAUCUAAUAGUAACUCCAGCAUAGUUUCUAAUUCACCUAUGAGCGUACAAAAUCGUAAGUUGACGAAGGUGACAACAAGUAAAAUUGCGAAUCUUUGGAAGAAAGUGGAGGAAAGCAAGAAUAAGCAGCGUUUCGAGAAGCCGGACACUAGGCAGUGGAUAAAGCCCACCAAUAGCGCCACCGAGGUAAACGUUGCAACCGCUGGCACAUUCAACAACCCACCAGCAUACAGAUUGUUCCGCAGUUCCACGUUCGAGGGAAUUUCCCAGGACGACAGCAAUGAUGAGAUAUUGUCCUACAAAUCUAAAUCCAGCCGACCACCAGUUUUAAGCACGCAAAUUGAAUGUGGCGGUGUAAAGUACAGAAACUCCUGUGAUUUAACGGGCAUAAAUGCUCAUGAAGCGCCCUGCAAGAUACCAGUGAAAUCUUCCGUACAAGAAACGUACAAGCGGGAGAUCACACAGUUGAGUGAUAUUCUAGUGACCAUGAAGAAGCAACCGAGCGCUGAUCUCGCCGCAGAAGCGGACUUGACCAAAAGAAUAUCCAGGCUUGGUUCCUUUAUUCGCGUGGACCCAACAGCAGCGGAAGAAAGCAGUAACGGUGUGCGAACGCCAGCUUCAGCGAUCGUACCACCUUUCAACUACAACCCAAAGCCAGACAUUUCAUCGCAAGCGGCCAAAACUAGAUCGAACGAGAACCAAAGUAAAUUAGGGACGACAGAUUGUCACACAGAAAUAGCCACAGGAUCCACUCGGAUAACGACAGUAUAGGGAAACGAAGCUCGCAAACAAAAUAUAAAUAAGUUCCGUAAUAAUCGCCUCCUUUUCGUUUCUGAUUAGUCAUUGUGUAUAUUCGCUUGCUAUAGUAUGUUUGCUC